AUGGAUUCCAAGGACAUGGGUUCAAUGGAGUCGACAUCGCCUGGCACUCCCUCGCCCGCGACUCCUCUUACCGCAAGCGGAUCUUCUUCGAGAAGGCCACCGCGCAAGAGCACUCUCACCCAACAACAAAAGAACCAGAAGAGACAACGUGCUACUCAAGAUCAGCUAAUCACCCUGGAGAUGGAGUUCAACAAGAACCCCACGCCCACUGCCGCUGUCCGUGAGAGAAUUGCCGACGAGAUCAACAUGACUGAGAGAUCAGUGCAAAUUUGGUUCCAGAACAGGUAG